AUGGAAAACAUGACAAGUGAGAAUAGGAGUAUAUUUGAUAGAUACAAUGUUAACUACAUACGAAACAUUCAACAUAUUGAAAAAGCUUCAGUUAAUAAUAAAACUCUGAUCGACAAAAGAAGACAGAAACGAAGACCACUUCAAGACAUCACUUCCUCCAGCAUAAAUAAGAAACAACAACUACCUCACCACAAGAAAAAGAAUGCCAUUAUCAACACCAAGAGUUUGAUUUCUCAAUUUAAUAAACCUUCUAAUCAAUCAAAAUCAAAGAAAAUUUUAUUUGAAGUGAAAUCCUUCUUAUCUGAUGAAUUUACUGUUUUAGAGAAUCGAGGACUAAAUUAUAAUUUUCAAGAUUUCUUCCAGGAAAUAAAUUCAGCUUCUAAAUCUAUAGAUUUGUCAAAUCCUAUUGUUGGUAAAUGUAUGAAAGAUUGGAAAACAGUAGCCAAUUGGUUCAAGUUUCAUAAAUAUGAGUUUGAAGUUCAACAUAGUCCUGAAGCUAAACCGCCAACUUCCAAUCAAUUACCAGAGAUAGUACAGAGUGAAGACAAAAGUAUUAUCCAAACUUUGGAAGACACUCGUUACAUUAGACCAAUCUUUCGUGAGACUGGGACCAUACCGACGCACAAAGUUAUGAAAAUCACAGAGUCAGGAAAAUUCAUGUAUACUGCAAUACUAUUAGACAUUCAAAAGUCCUCAGAAGUAGUGGUAUUAUUGUGUAGAAUAAAUCCAAAGAUUGAAGUUAAAGCAGGGGAUGAUAUUAAGUUAGAUUCACUAUGUUAUACGCAGAUGGUAGAUAAUACUCCAUUGAAUGCCUAUAUGAGAUGGGAACUUGUAAAAUAG